CAAAUUCAAUAUUUUAAAUGAUCUUCUAAAUCUUAUCUUUAUCUGAGGCUGUCUCUUUAAUUCUUAGAGUACUCUAGCAGAGAGGAAGCACGUGACAGACAUCAGAAAAUAUUUAGCUGUUGCUAAGUUUCUCAUUCACAUAUCUCCAGAGCGGAAGACAGUAGUGCUGUAUCCUUCUCAAACUGAGCAUCUGAAAGUGAGAAGAAAAAAUGCAAAACAAUGAAUGAACUGAACUGGAAUUUAGUUAUUCUGAAUAUAUGGUGAAGAUUGAAUAGUGCAAAGAAAUUUGCUUUGUUUCUUUUCAUAGCUGACUCCUACAACUGGAAUUGGAAUUAUUAGCUCCAGCUUCACCGAUCUGCUACAUCAUGUCAUUCGAGGAAGAUGAAAUGGAAAAUUCCACCUGCACGAAAUAUGUAGAUAUGGAUUUGUUCCUGCAUUGCUCACUAGUUCCCUCUAUUAUUAUCAUUUUGACACUAUCUUAUCUUGAGAGGCGUGUUAACAAAUCAAAACUAGACAACAAAUUAUACCUGCUCAAUGGAAGAUUUGGAAUUGUCAUUCCAUUAGAUCUUAUUGGAAAUUUCAGCAACAGGUGGUCCUUUGGUUUUGCAUUUGGUGCAAUAGCUAACAAAGUCAUAUUACUAUUUUCAGAGGAAUAUCUUCCCAUAGGAUUGCCUACUUGGGCAAAAGCCCUUGGUCUUUUUAUUGGAGCCAUUGAAGUUGGACUGUCUUUUUAUCCUAUUUUUGCCUGUCUUACCACUAAAAAUAGAUUAUUUGGGUCUGUUACUGGAUUUCUGUACACUCUCACUUGGUUUAUCAUUGCUACAAUAGACAUUGUCUCGUGCCCAGAUGGAGAUUUUAUAGGCAGCUAUGAAAACCUCAUAUUUUACUGGCCCUGCCUGCUCUGCUUCAUAUUCCUGCUUAUCAGAUUUGCUUACCUGUUUAUAAAGUCAAUCAGAGUAAUUAUGGGUGCAGAGGAUGUUAUCGAUGAAGAACAAUGUUUUUUGGCACAACAUCAAGCUGAACAUGUGAAACGGUUAUUUAAAAAGCCUGUGCAGGUGAAGAAAUCCUGGUUUGGGAGAAAGAUAUAUGAUUGGGACCCUUGUUUUAAAUUCCCCAGCAGAAUGAUUGGCACAACAGUUCUGUCCUUGUUAUGUCUGUACAUUAUUGUUACUAUAGAAUUAAGAGUAUUUAUAGAUGUUUUACGAUUGAUGAACCAUUUAGCAGAAUCAGCGGAACAGCCGGAAUCCAUUUUUUAUGAAUUUAACCAAACAAUGUCAACUGUGAAGGAAUAUAUUAGUGCUUUUGAGGGUGUAUUUUUUUUCAGUGCCGUCUUAGCAAGUUCCAUAACGGUUUCAUACGUAUUUCACAUUUUAAUCUGCUACAGAAACCAGAUGAAGUGGCUUUGGAUUGGGGAAAAGUCUUUCCUGCCCAAAAAGUUUCAAGUACCUUCUCCUUCUCAAAGUGUGGCGGCGAUUGCAAGAUAUUCUAGCUGGCAAGUUGCAUACCUUUUGUGGGGUUACAUUAUAAUGCACGUUCUUCAGACUGUAUUAGGAAUGGUUUUCGUGCAUUUUUUUGUUUUUCCAAUAAAGCACGGCCAAGCACUUCAGUUGUUUAAGGACUUGGGUCUUUUUAUUCUCACGCUUGGCAUCGUAUUUGCACUCAUGACUCUGCAGGUUGUACUCGCUCACUUCUUCUUUCUGCAAAAGAAAAUCUCAUGUGAAGACAAGCAGAAACCGUUGGCGCUAAACAACAGGAAGGCAUUUCACAACUUCAAUUACUUCUUCUUCUUUUACAAUGUGAUUGUUGGAUUGAGCGCCUGCCUAUUGAGAUUGCUCUGGAGUGUGAUACUGGGGAGCUGGCUAAUUGCUCGGAUUGACAGCUCAAUACUGCAAAGGGGAUAUGAAUCAGCUGAUACGGGUUACAAGACAUGGAUUGGAAUGAUAUAUGUGGAUCAUUAUCACACAAACCCGGUGCUUGUGAGCUUUUGUGACAUUGUUUUAACAUUGAGGGCUGAGAAAAAUGCAAGAGAAUACUCUUCAAAUGACGUAUUUGCUGACUCAGCAGCAUCAAAUAUUUCAAGUAAAGCCCGGACACGAUGGCUUCUGUAUUACACUCUCUUGAAAAAUCCAAGGCUUAUAUUGCACAGGAAAAUGAAAGGACCUGGUGAUGGAGAAAUGACAAAUGCUAUAAUUCACACUAGAACUGUUCAGGCUACUCUUAUGGAGGCUGGAGUAAAAAAUAACUUGGAAUUGCCUGUUAAUGCAAACUGUGUGGAAUUAAGGGAACGGCGAUCAUUUGAAUACUAAUUAGUUAUAGAAAACUAUUCAGAAUCUUUAAGGAACUACAUUUUUUAAAGGUCAAAGCAUAUAUUUUUUUUAUUUACCCUACACUGAAACAAAAAGGAGAGAAUGUAGACAUGGAACAGUUGCUCCUGUUGCGUAUCCCAUCAAGUUAUGGGAAGCACAAAGUGACUCAAUGCUGUAAAACAAAUACAGUAAUUAAGGUUUUUUUUAUUAAUACUCCCUCUAAAGUUUUCCUGAGAUUUAUGCUUCUAAUUGUCCUACACAUUUUAGCAGUGUCCCUUCCAGGCCAGGAUUUGCGGCGAGGCUGCAAAGGCCCGGGCCUAGGGUGGCACUAGGGUCGCCACCCUGCUGGUAUUUUACUGGCCUGGCCGGUAAAAAUGA